UAUUCUCUUCAGUCCACAUUUCCUAACGGAAGUGGGAAGCAUGCUGUCAACGGCUCAGCGUCUAUGUAUUCAGAAAUACAGAGGGAGCGUCCUGAGGUUAGGAAUUUCAUGUCUCACCCAGACUACAUAGAUGGAAACCCGGAUCUCAUCAAACCUAAGAAGCUCCUAAAUCCUGUAAAAGCCUCGAAAAGCCACCAAGAGCUCCACAGAGAGCUGCUUAUGAACCACAAAAGAGGCUUGGGCGUGGAGAGCAAGCCAGAGCUCCAGCGAGUGCUUGAGCACCGACGGCGAAAUCAGCUGCUCCGGCAGAAAAAGGAAGAAGAAGAGGCAAAGAAAUUGCAGUCUCCAUUUGAACAAGAGCUCCUGAAGCGACAGCAGAGGCUGGAUCAGCUGGAGAGAGGACAAGAGAAGCAUGAAGAACAUGCACCAGAAUUUAUUAAAGUAAAAGAGAACUUGAGAAGAACAUCAACGCUAACUGGGGAAGAGAAAGUAGUGUAG